CAUUGAGGCCUCACUAAGGUUGUUUUGUUACUUGUACAUUUAUUUUAAGGCGUAUUUUGUUGUUAUAGUUAUCAGACACGAAUUAAUAUUUUGAUAAUUAAAUCCGGUAUGUACUAUUUGGAUUUUAGAUUUCUCUAAUUUCAGUAGCAGGUCAGAAUAUGGUCAAUCUACCAUUCGCUGACGAAAAAUAUUGUAAGCCUUGCCAAAGGCAGACGCAGAGGGACAAUUUGGGUUUCGCAUUUGUCAGACCUAAACUACGAUUUUAAGAAUGAGGAACUCCUGAAAGCCUGACGUCAUACAAUGGAGCCAAAUUUAUUAUUAGCCCGCCAGACGAUUCCCAGUGUACCACAACCAAACGGCUAUCACUCCCACGAUUUCAACCUGCAACCCAAAAGCCUAAACCCAAUAUCUAGAUGGAAACUACAGGCUCUAAAUUUGGGAGGAAUCGCGUAUUGUAUGCUGUAUACAUUGCUGUCUUUCAUCGUGGUAAUUAAAGUAACACUGCCCGAUGUGUAUGCGUCUGACGAAAACAUACUGUUUCAACGACAGUGUCUGGCCAUCUGUCUCGUCUCGAUUAUGGUUGCAAAUUACGCAUUCGUUCUCAUCAAGUCGAGAGACUCGAUUGUAGGACCUUCAACUGCGUCACUUCCGCUGUUCGAUCCUCAGCUUCACCAGUGGAAGUACUGCGACACCUGUCGGCUGCACACUCCGCCGCGCGCCAAACACUGUCCGAUAUGCGACCAUUGCGUUCUGAAACGCGACCAUCAUUGCUUCUUCGCUGGAUGUUGCGUCGGCUUCCACAACCAGCGGUACUUCACGGUGUUCUGCUUUUACGGCAGCCUGUCCGCAAUUUACAGUAUCUACGCCACUGGGGCCUUUCUUCAAGAACAUUACGCUAGCUUCUUCAGUUCUGAAUGCUAUGCUUAUCUGUUGCCAUGGGUGUUCUUGCGAUGGCUCACCGGAUCGGUAGAUGCUGGGACCGUAGGUCUGGUUUUCCACUGUUACAUGAGCUGCAUGACGUUUGCGGCGUGUGUUUACUUCUUCGCCUGGCAGUGCGUCCUGGUGUGGACGGGACAGAGCAUGUACGAGUUUCUCAAGGGAAUCCGACUCUACGUGCAACCACUUCCUGAAAACCUGAAGUCAGUCUUUGGGUCAGCGUGGUUCCUGAACUUUCUGAUUCCUUGUCCUUGGAUGAAGAACAAGGGUAACGGAAUAGACUGGAUUUUGUCUCAUGAUGGAAAGGAUAAGUGAAGCAACGGGGCAUUAAGAUUAGAAGUAAAUUACUGUUAAAAGAGAACAGCUGGAGAAUCAGGGUUCACACUAAAAGGAAAAUUGUUUGAGCCAGUUUUCAGAUAUGUAGAGUUGUUUCCUUAAAAUCAUUUUAAAACGGCUAAUUACUUUGGUUAUAGACAGCAGUUUUUGCCAGGAAAGCCGAGUUCAAGUUCAAAUUCUUUAUUUACCUUGAGUUUUACAACUCACUAGCUGAAUAUAUAACAUAGGUCAGGUCAGGUCAGGUCAGGUCAGGUCAGGUCAGGUCAUAGGUUUUAGCGUGCACAUUCAGAACAAGCUGUUGU